GGUGAGUUGGUAUCAAUCAAAACAAAAAUACACAUCUGUUCAUUCCAUUGCCAAAGUGUACUGUUAUCGUAUCACGUACAGUAAUUAUUUCACCUUUAUGCUCCCGAUAAAAUCUAUUUGUCAUGUCACGAUUUAGUGGUGCGCUCCAACUCACAGAUUUGGAUGAUUUCAUCACACCAUCUCAGGAAUGUAUCAAACCAGUGAAGAUAGAAACCAACAAAUCGAAGACUGGAUCGAAAAUCACAAUUCAAGAAGAUGGAACGUACAUGCAAAGCACAUCCAGCGGCCUUCAAAAGCUGGAGAAAGUUGAAAUUACCCUGGCGGAUUGUCUCGCCUGUUCCGGGUGCAUUACCUCGGCGGAAGGUGUUCUAAUCUCACAGCAAAGUCACGAGGAACUGCUUAGAGUGAUGAACGCGAAUAAUCUGGCCAAGCUCAACAACCAAUUGGAUGCGGUUCAAUACAUCGUGUUUACUGUCGCCCAGCAGCCGAUCCUAUCGCUUGCGAAGAGAUAUAAUUUUGAACCAGAGGAAACCUUCGAACGUGUGGCAGGGUAUUUUAAAAAGCUUGGUGCUGAUAUGGUUGUCGACACCAAAAUUGCUGAUGAUCUCGCGCUGAUUGAAAGUCGAAAUGAGUUUGUUGAACGAUUUAAUACCAACCGACAAACUUUACCAAUGCUUGCAUCGUCUUGUCCCGGAUGGGUUUGUUAUGCAGAGAAAACCCACGGGAACUUCAUAUUGCCGUACAUUGCAACAACGAGAUCACCACAACAAAUUAUGGGUGUUCUCGUUAAGAAAUAUCUUUCUAAGAUAUUGGGCAUCAGAAGUGAUCGAAUUUACCACGUAACAGUGAUGCCUUGCUACGAUAAGAAAUUGGAAGCAUCUCGCGAGGAUUUCUUUUCCGAAGUGGAAAACUGUCGUGAUGUCGAUUGUGUUAUUACGUCAAUUGAAAUCGAACAAAUGCUGGACAGCACAGGACCUCAAACACUGCAAAUGUUCGAACCAAUUCCCAUCGAUUGGCCUUGGCCUACGUGUCGCCCACCCGCAUUUGUUUGGUCACACGAAAGUUCGGGGUCCGGUGGAUUCAGCGAGUACAUAUUCAAAUAUGCAGCCCACAAACUGUUCAAUAUCACCGUUGACAGUGUUGAGUUCAAAACUCUUCGCAACAACGACCUGCGGGAGGUCAUCCUGGAGCAGAACGGAGAGGUAGUGCUGCGGUUUGCUAUUGCAAAUGGGUUCAGGAAUAUUCAAAACAUGGUGCAGAAACUAAAGCGGGGCAAAUGCAAUUAUCACUAUAUCGAAAUAAUGGCUUGUCCAUCUGGGUGCUUGAAUGGUGGGGCACAAAUUCGUCCCAUCAAUGGACAAAGUCAACGUGAACUGACUACAGAGUUGGAAGCGAUGUAUAAAACGUUACCACAGUCGAAUCCUGAGAAUGAGGCAGUUGAGACGGUGUACACAACGUUCCUGGACAAUUCCGGCGACAAUAAUAAACGUCAGGAAUUCUUACAUACGAGUUAUCAUUUAAUUGAAAAAAUGAACACUGCGUUGAAUAUAAAAUGGUGAUUCGCUUGGAGAAUUGUAUAAAAAUAACCAAAUUUAAUCAAAAAUAUAAAGUAUAUUUAAUUAAGUAUU